AAGAGGAAAAAUUCCGUCGACUUCUUCAUGGAGAGACAAAAUAUUGCGUAUCAAAUUCUGGUUGAUCGGUGUCGGAGCUUGGAGGAGAAACAAGUGAAAUUAACGGAGCAGUUCAAUGAGUUGAUGCAGGAGAAGGUCAAAGACGAUGAAGAUUAUUCAGCCGCUGGUUUCUUUUCCGGUUUCUUCUUCUCUAUAAGUCCAUAUGCUAAUGUUUUGAAAUGCAUGGGACAUGCCGUUCAUAUCCAUAGAGUUUCCUCCGGCGAGAUCAUAUACUGGAAUGAUUCGGCAGAAACUCUAUAUGGAUGGAGGGAGAAUGAGAUAAUUGGACAAAGAGUAGCGGAUUUCCUAGUUGCUGAGGAAUAUUACGCAUCUCUACGAAAAAUUCUACAACACUUGAUCACAGGAGUGCCGUGGUCUGGGCAGUUUCCUUUCAAGAAGAGGUCUGGUGAAAUAUUUAUGGCAAUGGUAACAAAAACUCCUUUUUACGAAGGCGGCGAGCUUGUUGGUGUCAUCACUGUUUCUAGUGAUGCAUCUGUAUUUAACUCUAAGGGUUUCGAAGAACGAAGAACUUGCCAAUCUCGUGUGAAGGACCAACCGGGAAUUCAAAGGUUAAAAAGGAUUCAGUGGCCUCCACGUCCACAAAUUGCAUCAUCUGUUCCUAAUGUGGCAGCUAGAGUCCUUGCUAAGCUUCGAAGUGGGAGAGGUGGAGAACAAAGGAAGGAUACUAGAAGUAUUAAAGAUAAUUGCACAACUGAUGAUAAUUCAGGAAGUAAUAGAAUGAAUAAUGGAAAUGAUUUAUCUGGAAGUUCAGUUGAAUUAACCAUGCACCAGGAUAUUUCUAAUGGAGAAGAUAAAGAAGGAAAUCUCCAAAAAUGUAAUUCUUUAUUUGAUGUAAAUAUAACAGAUCCAAAAAUUUCUGCACAUGGAACUUCUAGUGAUCUCAGAGAUAGUUCAGCUAAACCAUUCUCAAAGGACUGUUGUGAAUGUUCUGGUUCUCCCUAUCCCGAAGACCCUUUGUUAAGAUUACGCUGUCCGUUCAAUCCAAAGAAAUUGGAGCCAGAAGCAAUGAAUAAGGAUGAAGUGCAAAAGCAACAAGAAGGGUUGCCGUUGGCGAGCUCGAAGGAGAGUAUUGGUGACAAUCCGAGUUCAUCAAGCAAAGAGAAAGGUGAAUCAAACUCUAUUGUAGAGUGUGAUAUCCAUUGGGAAGACCUUCAAUUAAGAAAAGAGAUUGGGCAAGGUUCUUAUGCUGUUGUUUAUCAUGGAAUUUGGAAUGCGUCGGAUGUUGCUGUCAAGGUUUACUUUGGGAAUGGAUAUGCUGAGGAGACUUUAAGAGACUACAAAAAAGAGGUUGAUAUAAUGAAAAGAUUGAGACACCCUAAUGUAUUGCUUUUCAUGGGAGCAAUCUAUUCUCAGGAAAGGCAUGCCAUUGUGACAGAGUUGUUACCUAGAGGAAGCCUUUUCAGAACACUUCACAAGAACAAUCAAACAUUUGACAUCAGAAGGCAUCUUAGAAUGGCUCUUGAUGUUGCUAGAGGAAUGAAUUAUCUUCAUCACAGAAAUCCACCAAUAGUGCAUAGAGACCUAAAAUCUUCCAACCUGCUUGUUGAUAAAAACUGGAAUGUCAAGGUUGGAGACUUUGGCUUGUCGAAGUUGAAGGAAGCAACUUUAUUGACUACCAAAUCCGGAAGAGGAACCUUUUAUUGUUCUCUCUGUCAAAUGCAGCCUCAAUGGAUGGCCCCUGAAGUUCUCCGCAGUGAACCUUCAAAUGAAAAGUCCGAUGUGUUCAGCUAUGGCGUCGUCCUAUGGGAAAUAAUGACUCAAUCUAUUCCAUGGAAAAAUUUGAAUUCCUUACAGGUUGUUGGAGUAGUAGGCUUUAUGAAUAGAAGACUGGACCUACCGGAGGGGCUGGAUCCCCAUGUAGCUUCAAUCAUAAAUGACUGCUGGCAAAGUGAUCCAGAACAACGACCAUCAUUUGAAGAGCUAGUGCAGAGAAUGAUGUUGAUUCUCAACAGAGUAACAACUUUGUCAUUGAAGAGAAUUGCAGAAUCCUGAACAUGCUAUGUGGUUUAAGGGAGGAAGGUGGCAGGAAAAAAUGCAGAUUGUCAUAGAUAUGAAAAAUACUAGCCAACAAAUUAAGUGGCAAAUUAUAGAUAACCAAACAAGGGGGAGAAAUAGAACAGGCACCUCAAGUAGGGUAUCUUGUGACCCGAGUUACGGUUUAAGGAAUCUUGAUCCUCUACAUCCGACAACAGGCAACUCUGCUAGAUUAAGACAGAAAAUCUAAUGGUCUACAACUGAUUUAGGAUCCAAUUUGUUGUGACUAGAGAUGGUUAUGCUGACUCUUUUGUGGGGACUACCUAGUGUUGUAUAAGAAUACACUACUUUUUUGGGCA